AUGGACAACAUUCCUGUUGAGAUUUUCAAAGAGGACGACAACAAGUGCCUGUCCGCCCUGCUGGACGACUGUCCGCUCAAUUCCUCCGCCUGGGCGUCCGGAUACCCCGACAGCCUCAACGUGAGCCACGACGACGACGGCUGGGAGCAGGAGGGCAUGUCUCCCAUCAUCCCCAUCAUCACCGCGGUGUACUCCGUGGUGUUCGUGGUGGGCUUGCUGGGCAACUGUCUGGUCAUGUAUGUGAUCAUCAGGUACACCAAGAUGAAGACGGCCACAAACAUCUACAUUUUCAACCUCGCGCUGGCCGACGCGCUGGUCACCACGACGAUGCCCUUCCAGAGCACGGACUACCUUCUGAACACCUGGCCCUUCGGUGAGGUGGUCUGCAAGGUCUUCAUUUCCAUCGACUACUACAACAUGUUCACCAGCAUCUUCACCCUCACCAUGAUGAGCGUGGACCGCUACGUGGCCGUGUGCCACCCGGUUAAGGCCCUGGAUUUCCGCACGCCCAUCAAAGCCAAGAUGAUCAACGUGUGCAUCUGGAUCUUGUCUUCGGCCGCGGGGAUACCGGCGUUUGUUCUGGGGGGAACCCAGACGAACAGCGACAUAACGGAGUGUGCCUUACAGUUCCCGGAGCCGUACGCGUACUGGGACACGCUGAUGAAGAUAUGCGUGUUCGUCUUCGCCUUCGUCGUGCCUGUGCUCAUCAUCACCGUGUGCUACUCCCUCAUGGUCCUGCGGCUGAAGAGCGUCCGGAUGUUGUCCGGCUCGCGGGAGAAAGAUCGCAACCUGCGGCGCAUCACCAGGCUGGUGGUGGUGGUGGUGGCUGUGUUCGUGGUCUGCUGGACGCCCAUUCACAUCUUCAUCCUGGUCAAGGCUCUGGUGAGCGUGCCUGAAACCACCGCCAUCAUGGCCGCCUACUUCUUCUGCGUGGCUCUGGGCUACACCAACAGCAGCCUCAACCCGGUCCUCUACGCCUUUCUGGACGAGAACUUCAAACGCUGCUUCAAGGACUUCUGCCUGUCGGCCAGACUGAAGGGGGAGAAGGCGUCAGGGAGCAAAAAGCUCCCCAGCAGCGUCCGAGAGGCCGUCCCGCUGGAGAACCCGGACGGGACGAGAAGGCCCACAUGACUAGCAGUGGAACUGUCUUCAAUAUCCCACAUUGGAAAAGAAGACUCUCAUGACCUGGG